AUGUUUAUCCAAAUAUUUCAGUUCUGUAUUUUUAGGGUUUGUUUUUCCUCCAUUUUUUUGUUUUUGCCUCCAUUUUUUUGUUUAUUUCCAAUUUCUUUAUUUCUGACUUUCAAUCUCUUUCUUCCUUUCUACCAUUUUUGUCUUCUCUCUCUCUCUCUCCCAUUUUUGUCUUCUCUCUCUCUCUCCCAUUUUUGUCUUCUCUCUCUCUCUCCCAUUUUUGUCUUCUCUCUCUCUCUCCCAUUUUUGUCUUCUCUCUCUCUCUCCCAUUUUUGUCUUCUCUCUCUCUCUCCAUUUUUGUCUUCUCUCUCUCUCUCCCAUUUUUGUCUUCUCUCUCUCUCUCCAUUUUGUCUUCUCUCUCUCUCCCCCUUCUCUCUCUCUCCCCAUUUUUCUUCUCUCUCUCUCUCCCAUUUUUCUUCUCUCUCUCUCCCAUUUUGUCUUCUCUCUCUCUCCAUUUUUGUCUUCUCUCUCUCUCUCCCAUUUUUGUCUUCUCUCUCCCCAUUUUUGUCUUCUCUCUCUCUCCCCAUUUUUCUUCUCUCUCUCUCCCAUUUUUGUCUUCUCUCUCUCUCCCAUUUUUGUCUUCUCUCUCUCUCUCCCAUUUUGUCUUCUCUCUCUCCCCCAUUUUGUCUUCUCUCUCUCUCCCCAUUUUGUCUUCUCUCUCUCCUCCCAUUUUUGUCUUCUCUCUCUCUCCCAUUUUUGUCUUCUCUCUCUCUCUCAUUUUUGUCUUCUCUCUCUCCCCAUUUUUGUCUUCUCUCUCUCCCAUUUUGUCUCUCUCUCCCAUUUUUGUCUUCUCUCUCUCCCCAUUUUUUGUCUUCUCUCUCUCCAUUUUGUCUUCUCUCUCCCCAUUUUUUCUCUCUCUCUCCCAUUUUUGUUCUCUCUCCCAUUUUUGUCUUCUCUCUCUCCCCAUUUUUUGUCUUCUCUCUCUCCCAUUUUUGUCUUCUCUCUCUCCCAUUUUUGUCUUCUCUCUCUCCAUUUUUGUCUUCUCUCUCUCCCAUUUUUGUCUUCUCUCUCCCCAUUUUGUCUUCUCUCUCUCCCAUUUUUGUCUUCUCUCUCUCCCAUUUUUGUCUUCUCUCUCCCCAUUUUGUCUUCUCUCUCUCUCCCAUUUUUUGUCUUCUCUCUCCCAUUUUUCUUCUCUCUCUCCCAUUUUUGUCUCUCUCUCUCCCAUUUUUGUCUUCUCUCUCUCCCAUUUUGUCUUCUCUCUCCCCUUCUCUCUCUCCCAUUUUUGUCUUCUCUCUCUCCCCAUUUUGUCUUCUCUCUCUCCAUUUUGUCUUCUCUCUCUCCCAUUUUUCUUCUCUCUCUCCCAUUUUGUCUUCUCUCUCUCCCAUUUUUGUCUUCUCUCUCCCCAUUUUGUCUUCUCUCUCUCCCAUUUUUUGUCUUCUCUCUCUCCCAUUUUGUCUUCUCUCUCUCCCAUUUUUGUCUUCUCUCUCUCCCAUUUUUUUGUCUUCUCUCUCCCAUUUUUUGUCUUCUCUCUCUCCCAUUUUGUCUUCUCUCCCAUUUUUUCUUCUCUCUCUCCCAUUUUUGUCUUCUCUCUCUCCCAUUUUGUCUUCUCUCCCAUUUUUGUCUUCUCUCUCUCCCAUUUUUGUCUUCUCUCUCUCCCAUUUUUGUCUUCUCUCUCUCCCAUUUUGUCUUCUCUCUCCCAUUUUUUGUCUCUCUCUUUGUCUUCCAUUUUUGUCUUCUCUCUCUCCCAUUUUUGUCUUCUCUCUCUCCCCUUCUCUCUCUCCCAUUUUUUGUCUCUCUCUCCCAUUUUUGUCCUCUCUCCCAUUUUUGUCUUCUCUCUCUCCCAUUUUUGUCUUCUCUCUCUCCCAUUUUUGUCUUCUCUCUCUCCCAUUUUUGUCUUCUCUCUCUCCCAUUUUUGUCUUCUCUCUCUCCCAUUUUUGUCUUCUCUCUCUCCCAUUUUGUCUUCUCUCUCCCAUUUUGUCUUCUCUCUCUCCCAUUUUUGUCUUCUCUCUCUCCCAUUUUUGUCUUCUCUCUCUCCCAUUUUUUGUCUUCUCUCUCUCCCAUUUUCUGUCUUCUCUCUCUCCCAUUUUUUCUGUCUUCUCUCUCUCCCAUUUUCUGUCUUCUCUCUCCCAUUUUUCUGUCUUCUCUCUCUCCCAUUUUUCUGUCUUCUCUCUCUCCCAUUUUUCUGUCUUCUCUCUCUCCCAUUUUUCUGUCUUCUCUCUCUCCCUCUGUCUUCUCUCUCUCCCAUUUUCUCUUCUCUCUCUCCCAUUUUUUGUCUUCUCUCUCUCUCUCUUCUGUCUUCUCUCUCCCUCUCUCUGUCUUCUCUCUCUGUCUUCUCUGUCUUCUCUCUCCCUCUCUCUGUCUUCUCUCUCUCUCUCUUCUCUCUCUCUGUCUUCUCUCUCUCUGUCUUCUCUCUCUCUGUCUUCUCUCUCUCUGUCUUCUCUCUCUCUGUCUUCUCUCUCUCCCAUUUCUCUCUCUCUCAUUUCUCUCUCUCCCAUUUCUCUCUCUCCCAUUUCUCUCUCUCCCAUUUCUGUCUUCUCUCUCUCUCUCUCCCAUUUCUGUCUUCUCUCUCUCUCUCUCCCAUUUCUCUCUGUCUUCUCUCUCUCUCCCUCUCCCAUUUCUCUCUGUCUUCUCUCUCUCUCCCUCUCCCAUUUCUCUCUGUCUUCUCUCUCUCUCCCUCUCCCAUUUCUCUCUGUCUUCUCUCUCUCUCCCAUUCUUAAUUUAUUUUUUAUUUUUACUGACCUUUUGCUUAGUUUUUCUUCUCGAUGGUGUUAA